UCCUCCUGGACUGGCGGAGCGAGUGGAGGAGGCUGCAGCCCCCGGCUCCGGCUCCAGCUCCGGCUUCGGCUCCGGCUCCCCGUCACCGCCCCUUCCCCGAGCGGGAUGAGCUCCCGGAAAGUGCUGGCCAUUCAGGCCCGAAAGCGGAGGCCGAAGAGAGAGAAACAUCUGAAAAAGCCGGAGCCGCAACAAAAAGCUCCCUCUGCACCCCCUCCACCACCACCACCUCCACCACCACCUCUACCAGAACCAGCACCACCAGAACCAGAAGAGGAAAUUCUGGGAUCUGAUGAUGAAGAGCAAGAAGACCCUGCAGAUUAUUGCAAAGGUGGCUACCAUCCAGUGAAAAUUGGAGACCUUUUCAAUGGCCGCUACCAUGUUAUUAGAAAGCUAGGAUGGGGACACUUCUCUACAGUCUGGCUAUGCUGGGAUAUGCAGGGAAAAAGAUUUGUGGCAAUGAAGGUUGUAAAAAGUGCCCAGCAUUAUACAGAGACAGCCUUGGAUGAAAUAAAAUUGCUCAAAUGUGUUCGUGAAAGUGAUCCAAGUGACCCAAACAAAGACAUGGUUGUACAGUUAAUUGAUGACUUCAAAAUUUCAGGCAUGAAUGGAAUACAUGUUUGUAUGGUCUUUGAAGUACUUGGCCAUCACCUCCUAAAGUGGAUAAUCAAAUCAAACUAUCAAGGUCUUCCCAUCCGUUGUGUAAAAAGUAUAAUUCGACAGGUUCUGCAGGGUUUAGAUUAUCUACACAGCAAGUGCAAGAUUAUCCAUACUGAUAUCAAGCCAGAAAACAUUUUGAUGUGUGUAGAUGACGCAUAUGUCCGUAGGAUGGCGGCAGAGGCCACAGAGUGGCAGAAAGCAGGUGCUCCUCCUCCUUCUGGCUCAGCAGUGAGUACUGCUCCACAACAAAAGCCUAUAGGAAAAAUAUCUAAAAACAAAAAGAAAAAACUGAAAAAAAAACAGAAAAGGCAGGCAGAGCUGUUGGAAAAACGCCUUCAGGAAAUAGAAGAACUAGAGCGAGAAGCUGAAAGGAAAAAAAUAGAAGAAAACAUCACUUCAACUAUACCCACGAAUGAUCAGGAAGAUGACUACCACCCAGAGGUCAAACUAAAAACAGCAGGAUUAGAGGAGGCAGCUGAUGAAGAACCUGCCAAUGAUGAUGGUGAAACUGAAGAUCAAGAGGAGAAAGAAGACACAGAAAAAGAAAACACAGAAAAAGAUGAUGAUGACGUUGAACAGGAACUUGCCAACACAGACCCUACAUGGAUAGAAUCCCCCAAAACAAAUGGCCAUAUUGAAAAUGGUCCGUUCCUAUUGGAACAACAAAUAGAAGAUGAAGAAGAUGAUGAGGAAGAAUGCCCAAAUCCAGAGGAAUAUAAUCUUGAUGAGGCAAAUGCAGAAAGCGAUUAUACAUAUAGUAGCUCCUAUGAACAAUUUAAUGGUGAUUUGCCAAAUGGACGACAUAAAAUUCCUGAGUCACAGUUUUCAGAGUUUACAGCUUCAAUGUUCUCUGGGGCUUUAGAGUCUGUGGCCUGUGGCUCUGCAGUUUCAGAUGGAUCAGUUCUAACAGAGCGAGAAGAAAACAGUCCAUCUCAUGACAGGAGCAGAACAGUUUCGGCAUCCAGUACUGGGGAUUUGCCAAAAACAAAAACCCGGGCUGCUGACUUGUUGGUGAAUCCUCUGGAUCCAAGGAAUGCAGAUAAAAUUAGAGUUAAAAUUGCUGAUCUGGGAAAUGCUUGCUGGGUGCACAAGCACUUCACAGAAGAUAUUCAGACUCGUCAGUAUAGAUCCAUAGAAGUUUUAAUAGGAGCUGGCUACAGUACACCUGCUGAUAUUUGGAGUACGGCAUGUAUGGCAUUUGAACUUGCAAGGGAUUAUUUGUUUGAACCACAUUCGGCUGAAGACUAUUCCAGAGAUGAAGACCAUAUAGCACACAUCAUAGAACUUCUAGGCAGUAUCCCAAGGCACUUUGCUCUAUCUGGAAAAUAUUCUCGGGAAUUCUUCAACCGCAGAGGAGAACUACGGCAUAUUACGAAGCUGAAGCCCUGGAGCCUCUUUGAUGUGCUUGUGGAGAAAUAUGGUUGGCCUCAUGAAGAUGCUGCACAAUUUACAGAUUUCCUGAUCCCGAUGUUAGAAAUGGUUCCAGAAAAAAGAGCUUCAGCUGGAGAAUGCCUUAGGCAUCCUUGGUUGAAUUCUUAGCAGAAUCUCCAAAUAGAACAUUCUGAGCUAGCAAAUAUUUCCCAGUACAUCGGACCUAAAUGGUGACUCUCAAAUUCUUUACCAGGAUCACAAGUGAGCUGGCUUCACCCUCAGACCUUUAUUUUGCUUUGAGGUACUGUUGUUUGACGUUUUGCUUUUUGUGCACUGUGUCCUGGGGAAGGGUAGUCUCUUCAGCUAAGUAGUUUACUGACCCACUUUCUUCUGGAAACACUUAAUACCUUGUCUCUAAACAUUCAUUGUUUCUUGUGUUGUGUGGCAUUCAAACGUCAUUUUCUUGAACAAAAAAUACUUUCCCCCUCUUUGUGUUUCGGCAGGUUUUGUAACUAUUUAUGAAGAACUCUUUUAGCUGAGUAUUCUAUAAUUUACACGCUUAAAAAAUGAUCAAGUUGGAAUCAAGAAAGCUAUGGCAAGGAAAUGUAAUUUUAUCUGCUGGCAAAGGGAUAUCAUUCUUGUAUUAUAGUCUAUGUAAAUGUAACCUGUAAAUGUUUCUUUCCAUUAAAUUUGGGAUGGGACUCCAAUUUCAGAGUAAAGCUACUAAGUUUUGAGUGAUUUGUAGCCUCUAAGUUGCAUGUAGCAGACAUCAGCUGCUUUGAAGUUAAAGACUUCUAACUCCAUAGCAAUUCUUUUUACAUUGGAUUUUAAACAAAGCAGCUCUCAUUUACAAGAUUUCUUUUCCCAUUUGGCGCUUUAACAGAAAGCAAGAUUUGUUUCUCAUUCUAAAACAUGGAUUACACACUUCCACUCCCAUUAGAUAUUUUGCAUCAUUUCUUUGAAAAGUGCUUUUAAGGAAAAAUAGUAAUUUCCCUUAUAAUGUGACAACAUACUACAAUGAGGUAUUUAUUUCUGCCUACAAGCACUUAAGUUGAACUAUAUGCAGGUUAAAUUGAGAAAAGGAAACAUUUCUACAUGUGCAAUGAAAAUUAUGUUUGAGAGAGUAUUCUAUGUCUAAAAAGCAAGGGGUAUAGUUAGAAUUUGCAGUGCAAUGGACAGAGAAAAACCCCGAAGUCUCAGAGGUCAGAGAUCACGUUCAUUCUUCAUGUAGCUUUACAUGUUUCUAACAACAAAUUGCACUAGGUGUUUUUUUGUUUUGUUUUGUUUUGUUUGUUUGUUGGGGUUUUUUUUUUUUUUUUUGGUCUUUCCAUGAACUCAAGUACAAAGAAUAUGAUUUCCCCUUUGCAAGCUGCAGUUUGCUUUAUGCGUGUAGAAUCCAGGACACAACCAUAGUAGGCAAUACCGAUUUUAGAAUGUUAAUAUACAGAGGUAUUUUGCCUCUUUUAGAAGUCAGUGGGAUGAAUGUAAUUUUUUUCCAGUUUUACACAUUAAUUAUGGUGCCACUUUUUCUUGACUUUGUCCAUUUAAAUUUAUUCACAUGCCUUUGCAAUAACUAGAUUGUGAAAAGAUACCCACGUGUUGUAACAAUAACCUAUUGUUUGAGGUGCUUGCAGUUGUCUAAUUAAUUAAAGUGUUUGGUUUUUUUUUU